GGCAGCUUCCCCUGGGACCGCUUCCUCCUCCCCGCUUCAGCACGCCCUACCGCGGAGAACGCCGCGAUGCAGAAGCGGCACCGGAGCGCUGCCUGACGGCUCCGGCACCGGGCCUGGCGCGGACUACAAGUACCAUGAGCUCCCACGGGAAGAGGGAGUGGGUCCCGUGAACGCCCGCGCGGAGCCGCACUACAGCUCCCACAAUGCCUCACACCGUCUGGUGUCUCCACUCCGGUCCCGAUUUAAAUCCAGGCAGUGAGGAAAAUGGCGGUGCGCGGCUGAGUGUGGGGGAGACGGAGAUGUACCUGAGAUUUGGCGCAUUUCCUAGGUAUUGCUACUGGCUUCUGUUGGAGAGAACACUGUGCUAGUUGGUGGUGAAACUUACUGCCUGCAGUGCGAUGAUUUCAUCGUGGGAUGCAAUAAGUGGCUUUUUCUUGGCUUCUUCCUCAGGAUGUGACUUAAUGACUUCUUAUUCUGAAGGCCCACUGAAAAAUAUGCAGUGCUUGAAUGUUUGCUAAAGACUAUUGCUGAUGCAUGGUCAAGAUGAGUGGAUUAGGAGAAAACUCGUUGGAUAGUUUGACUAAUGAGUCAAGGAAGCGCAAGCCACUGCCCUGUGAUACACCAGGAGCAAGUCUGGUCUGCAGUGGUGAGAAGCGUCGACGUGAGCAGGAAAGCAAAUACAUUGAAGAACUGGCUGAGCUGAUAUCUGCUAAUCUGAGUGACAUUGACAAUUUCAAUGUCAAACCAGACAAAUGUGCUAUUUUAAAAGAAACCGUGAGACAGAUUCGACAAAUAAAAGAGCAAGGAAAAGCAGUUUCUAAUGAUGAUGAUGUUCAGAAAGCUGAUGUAUCUUCCACGGGUCAAGGAGUUAUUGACAAGGAUUCAUUGGGACCUCUUUUAUUACAGGCAUUGGACGGCUUCCUCUUUGUUGUAAAUCGAGAUGGGAACAUAGUAUUUGUAUCAGAAAAUGUCACACAGUAUCUGCAGUAUAAACAAGAAGAUUUGGUUAAUACAAGUGUCUAUGGUAUCUUGCAUGAAGAGGACCGGAAGGACUUUCUUAAAAACUUACCUAAAUCUUCAGUUAAUGGAGUUGCUUGGACUAAUGAAACACCUCGACAGAAGAGCCAUACAUUCAAUUGCCGGAUGAUGGUGAAAAGCUCUCAUGAUCUCUUGGAAGAUGUAGAUGGCUACCAGGAUAUACGUCAAAGAUAUGAAACUAUGCAGUGCUUUGCUUUAUCGCAGCCAAGAGCUAUGAUGGAAGAGGGGGAAGAUUUGCAGUCCUGCAUGAUUUGUGUGGCGCGCCGUAUCGCAACUGCAGAAAGGGCAUUUCCAACAAAUCCAGAGAGCUUUGUUACAAGACAUGAUCUUUCAGGCAAACUUGUCAACAUUGAUACAAACUCAUUACGAUCUUUUAUGAGACCUGGCUUUGAAGAUACAAUUCGUCGGUGUAUCCAGAGAUUCUUAUGCCAUAAUGAUGGGCAGUCGUGGUCAAAUAAACGCCACUAUCAUGAAGCUUAUACACAAGGUCAUGCUGAAACCCCAUUGUAUCGGUUUUCUUUAGCGGAUGGUACGAUAGUGACAGCACAAACAAAGAGUAAACUGUUUCGAAAUCCUGUAACUAAUGACCGCCAUGGAUUUGUCUCUACCCACUUCCUUCAAAGGGAACAAAGCGGAUAUCAGCCAAAUCCCAAUUCUGUUGGGCAAAACGUCAGAACACCUGUGACUGGAAACACAAAUUCUGUUGGUGGUCUUCUGAACAUGUCACCUGGUCAAGCCAUGCCAAUGCAGAACAGGAGCUAUGGGAUGGGAGAUGCAAAUGCAGUGGGUCAGCUCACGAGCACACGAUAUGGAGGCCCUGGGAAUAUGGGGCCAGUGAACUCUGGACCUGGAGUGCAGUCCUCUGCUUAUCAGAAUAACAGUUAUGGGUUAAAUAUAAGUAGCCCACCACAUGGUAGUUCUGGCCUAACUUCCAACCAACAGAAUAUAAUGGUAUCUCCUAGGAAUCGAGGGAGUCCAAAAAUAAGUUCACACCAGUAUUCUCCAGUUACAGGUAUGCACUCGCCAAUGGGAUCUGCCAGCAACACUAGCAACAACACUUUCUCUAGCAGUUCUCUUAGUGCUCUGCAAGCCAUUAGUGAGGGUGUUGGAAAUUCCCUUUUAUCAACACUUUCUUCACCGGGUCCAAAACUGGAUAAUUCCCCAAACAUUAGCAUAACUCAGCAAAGUAAAACAAGUACCCAGGACUCCAAAAGCCCUUCUGGUUUGUAUUGUGAACAAAACCAAGUGGAAAGUUCCAUCUGCCAGCCAAACAGCAGGGAUCUCCUUAGUGAAAAAGAUAGUAAAGAGGGUAAUCUGGAAGCAUCUGAAAGUCAGAGAGGACCAUCUGAGAGCAAAGGGCAUAAAAAACUCCUUCAGCUACUCACAUGCUCCUCAGAUGAAAGAGGACAUUCUACACCAUCAAACUCACCUUUAGACACAAAUAGUAAAGAAUCUUCUGCCAGCGUUACCAGUCCUUCAGGAGUUUCCUCAUCAACAUCUGGAGGGGUAUCUUCCUCCUCAAACAUGCAUGGGUCGCUCCUGCAAGAGAAGCACAGGAUUUUACAUAAAUUGUUGCAGAAUGGUAAUUCUCCAGCAGAGGUGGCCAAGAUCACAGCUGAAGCUACUGGUAAAGACACGUAUCAUGAUGCUAGUAACACAGGAUGUGGAGAAGGCACUGUCAAACAGGAACAACUGAGCCCAAAGAAGAAAGAAAACAAUGCUUUGCUCAGAUAUCUGCUAGAUAAAGAUGAUGUUAAGGAUCCACUUUCCAAAGAGUUGAAGCCUAAAGUAGAAGGUGUGGAUAAUAAGAUGGGACAAUGCACGAGUUCUACAAUUCCUACUUCAAGUCAAGAAAAAGAGAUGAAAAUAAAAAUGGAGCCAGCAGAGGAGAAGAAUGGAGACUUGGAGAAUUUGGAUGCAAUUCUAGGUGAUCUUACUAGUUCAGAGUUUUACAAUAAUGCUAUGUCUGCAAAUGGAAAUAACCUUGGAACAAAGCAAGCAUUAUUUCAAGGAAAUGCCCUACUGGGGCAAUGGAUUGCUGAGAUAACCGAAGGAGGUGAAACAUGGAUAAUGAAAAAUAUAAAACCAGGUGUGAAGAAUCCCCAGUCUGUGCAGACUACUCGCCCACCUUUUAACAGAGCCUUGUCUUUAGACAGCCCUGUGGGCUCAGGUGCUUCAGUGAGGAAUGUCAAUGCGUUCUCCAUGUUACAAAAACAAAACCUGAUGGGUGGAAGUCCAAGAAUGAUUGAAAACCAAGAAAAUUUUGGAGCAAAUCUGGCAAGCACUCCCAACAGAAAUGUGAUGAAUCAGCAUCAGUCAGGAGACUGGGGUUUGCCAAACUCCAAGGUGAACAGAUUGGAAUCUGCAAGUUCUGCUUCCAUGUUGAGACCAGGACCUGAAUUUAGUACAACCCUUCCCAGGCUGCCAGAGGGUGGCUCUAUGUCUGGGUUGCCUGUUCGCUCUAACAGCAUACCUGGUACUAGGCCAAUGCUGCAACAGCAAAUGAUUCACCACAUGAGGCCAAAUGAGAUAAACAUUGACAUGGGAGGGAAUCCAUAUGGACAGCCUGGACCUUCUAACCAACCUGGAUUGUGGCCUGACAAUAUGAUGUCCAUGGAGCAAGCAUCACGGGGUUCACAAAGCAGACAAUUAGUUAGAAGCUCUUUGGAUGACCUCUUAUGUUCGGCACCAAAUAUGGAAGGUCAGAAUGAUGAAAGGGCGCUUCUGGAUCAGCUGCACACACUACUGAGUAAUACAGAUGUCACAGGUCUGGAAGAAAUUGACAGAGCAUUAGGAAUUCCUGAUCUUGUAAACCAAGGACAAACUUUGGAACCCAAACAAGAUUCAUUUCAAGGUCAGGAAUCUUCAGUUAUGAUUGACCAGAAGCCUUUGUUAUAUGGUCAACCCUACCAAGGGCAAGGGGCAGCAAUGCCAGGAAGUUUCAGUAAUGUCCAGGGACAGCAGCCGUCUUUUAAUUCAGUGAUGAAUCAGAUGAGCCAACCGAGCAAUUUUCCUAUGCAAAGUAUGCAUCCCCGAGCAAAUGUGAUGAGACCUCGAACCAACACACCAAAGCAGCUACGCAUGCAGCUCCAGCAGAGGCUCCAGGGACAGCAGUUUAUGAAUCAGACCCGUCAAACGCUUGAAAUAAAAAUGGAAAAUCCAGUAAGUGGUACUAACUCAGUGAUGAGACCAGUUAUGCAGCCACAGGUGGGAUCCCAGCAAGGUUUUCUUAAUGCUCAAAUGGUGGCUCAGCGUAACAGGGAGCUAAUAAGUCACCAUUUUAGACAACAGAGGAUGGCAAUGAUGAUGCAGCAGCAACAGCAACCUCAGGCCUUCAGUCCACCACCAAAUGUGACUGCCUCAGGAAGCAUGGAUAGUGCUUUGACAGGCCCUCCAAUGGCUCAAGUUCCUUCACAGCAAUUCCCCUAUCCACCUAAUUAUGGAAUAAGCCAACAACCUGAUCCUGCAUUUAGUAGAGUAUCAAGCCCUCCCAAUCCAAUGAUAUCAUCAAGAAUUGGACCCUCCCAGAACCCUAUGUUGCAGCAUCCUCAGUCAGCAACAAUGUACCAGUCCUCAGAGAUGAAGGGCUGGCCCUCAGGAAGCAUGCCCAGAAACAGUUCUUUUCCCCAGCAGCAGUUCAGCCAUCAAGGUAAUCCAGCAGCGUACAGUAUGAUGCACAUGAAUGGCAGCAGUGGCCACAUUGGACAGAUGAGUAUUAAUACCAUGCCUAUGUCAGGAAUGCCUAUGGGUCCAGACCAGGUAAGUUGUACAUCAAGACUGAUGAAAAAGAUUUGCUGACUGUUUUUCCAUUGAGUACAGUCUGAUUACAUCCAUUCCUCUGGCACAAUCCUGCUCUCAGUUAUCCUGUUUAUAUUUGCAUCUGUGGGCCUAUUAAUUUCAUGUCCAAAGAGAUACUUUAUUUUUGAGGAUAUGUAACCAAAUUCACAAUGAACCCAAGCUGUAUGGCGUGAUUAGCUGUUGACUUUGAAGUAUCAUGGGUAGGAUCAAGCCUUAAACUGCACAAAGGAUUGAAAUACUUCUGAACCUGGAGAAACCCCAGGAAAAAACCCCAUGGGCAUUGAGAAAUGCAUCUUCAGCAGAUCUUGAAAAUUAUACAUAACAGCUCUUACAAGUCAGGCUAAGAAUCCUGAUAGUGUGGUAUCCUGGCAGAUGCAGAUGAUACUUGCCCUUACAAUACCUUAGAGUAACUUGUGUAUGCAUAGCCAGAAACUAUGGAAAAUUUAGACCCCUCAUUUAAGGUGAAAGUGUGCUUAUAACAGGCACUGAAAAGAAAGCUGAAAUAUAAAAUACACUUUUGCUACAAUUUUUCCACAAAAUACCUAGGCAUGAGCAACAUAAUACUGACAUAAGCUAAGUCUAUUCAAGUAAAAAGUAUCUCAUGAAAUUUUGUCCAGCAUACCUGAGGAAGCAGUCAGAAUAAUCUGAGGACUUCUGGGCGUUAGUAAAGUUUUGGAGGACUCUGAUACAACAAAUGCCUUUUAUAAAGAGGAGAAUAUAAAGGUGAAAUGUCAGAUUUUCCAAAUCGACAUGACAUAAAGAUACCCAAAUAGUAUGUUUAUGAAAUCCAAGGACAGCAUUUCUUUUCUAGAAAUUAUUUACAAAGUGGAGCACUAAAAAGCUAUUCUUCUGCUUCUAGGCAUUGACUGUCAGUAGUUUCCUCUUCCAAAUGCAGUACAUGGACCACUUUUUUUCAGCAAACAUGUCUUCUCUGAUGAAAGUAUCUUUUCUUUAACAGAAAUACUGCUGACAUCUAGAACCACAUCUUCAAACAAGAAUGGCUAAAUGCACUAGUGUUAGAAAGGAAAGUGACACAUUCUUCAUGGCAACUCAUACUGGGCUUACAGAAACCAGUGAUAAAUUUUCUCAUCCAGAGGAAAACAAACCAAAAAACCCUACCGAACAAAAAUACAUUUUAGUAGAAGCAGUCUCUGUAUUACUGUAUAAUGUGGGGCACAAAAAAAGCUUAGUAUUUUUGGUGCUCUUCCUCUAGAUAUGUGAAUUUGGUAAUGGCAUUUUAAUAGAGUUGAUGGGUAGACUCCUGGUAUACCUUCUCUGUUUACUGUAGCUAUCCAAAGCCCUUUAACUACAGGCAGACAAAAGUGCCUGGAGAAGUCACAGUGGUAAGAAUUUCCUGAUUUCUCUAAUAACAAUAUCUGACAGAGAAUGUAGUUCUUAGCCUUGACUCUUUUAUAUGAAUUCCUGAAUAUAAAUGCUGCUUUUAGUCUCUUACCCCAAGAGUCAGGGAUUUCCCAAGCAAAGUAGCACUGCAAAAUUAAUUGGCACAUGCUAGUCCAAAAUCCUGUCCAUUGAAGCCAAGGGUUAAAAAGAGAGGAUAAACGAUUUAAAUUAUUUAAACACAAUUGUGACUUUUACAUAUUGCUGUGCAGCUGAGUGCACUUUAUAGAAGACUAUAUAAUGGAUUAAUGCAAUAUCUUUGAUAAGGACUUAAUAUGAAGGUGGGGUGUACUCAUGUUCCUUCUCAAACACAAUCUCAAGAAUUAUUUGAAAAGACUGCAUAAUGUAAUGCUUUCUGUGUAUGGAAAUCAGAGCAAUAAUCUUUCACCUUUUUUUUAAAAAUAACUUAAGAAAAGGCAAGACACUGCAGUCAGAAUCAGAAUUUUGCAGUCUUUUUUGUGAAUAAAUUUUGUAAAUAUGAUCUUUAAAAUAAUGUAUUAUAUAUAUGACUUUUGUAGGUCACUAACUCAUUUUUGCAGAGUUUGUGAAGCUAAAUAUUUAAAAAAAUUGAUUUCUGGAAACUCGCUGUAGUUGAGGUCCAAACAGAAUUUUUAAUUAAAUUUAAGGACUUUGAAUCUGGGUGAUUUUGCCCACAUAUUUCUCUUCUUUGGUCUUCAACACUUCAUUUAUUUUUACAUCUUUAACAUACAGCUUUUUAUAAAAUAAAAGACCGGUUGUUAAAUAGUUUCUCCACCUGUGAGCACUUCUGUUACAUUUCUUUUUACUUAAGGCAAUAUGACACAAAGGCUCUGCAUUGUAGGAUCUUACAACUUGUCAGAAUGCUCAUGUCUGUCUAUAAUAGGUUGCCUUUUCAGUUGAUGAAGCUGGAUUGUGUCUUCUUGGUCAAUUUUAAUGAACUCUUAAUGUUCUUCAAAAAUGUUUGUCUGUUGAAAAAUAGUUGUUGUUAUGUCACAUCCAGAAAUCUUUAAGGAUAUUAAGCCACACUUCAACCAAAUGUCUACACCUCAUUGGAUUGUUCUAAUAGUAACGAAUGUAUUUUCUAAGCAGAUUUCUCUCAUAUCAGUAUUUAAGUCUGGUUACAUAUUAUUUGCUGAUAGCAUGGGGGUUUUUUUCCCCCUCCAUUUUGGGUGCUUGAAAUGAAGAUCCCUUUGCACUUUUUGCAGUUACAAGGACUUAAACCGUGAAACCUUCAUAAGGGAUGAUCCAGAAAUGUUUAAGAUGUGUGGUGCUUCUGUUCUGUUGUUCAUUGUGUAAUGGAAAACUGAUUUCUCCCAAGUGAGUAAAAGAAACCAAAAAAACCUGA